AAAUCAUAAACCUCACAAUUACUUAAAAACCCCUCCCCUUUUUCCUCUUUCUCAAGUCUCAAAUCUGCAAUAGUAUCUCUCUGAUUCUUCAAAUAUUCCAAAAGGAAAUUCCAAAACUUCAAUCUCUAAAUUUCAUCUGCUUUCUUCUUAGGAAAUCUCACUCCCUUCCUUCCAUGGAGAACAAUCACAACGCCAAAUUGGGCUCCGUUGCCAACGGCGGAGUCAAGCCCAACACCGAUACCAUCGUCGCCGGCGACCUUGUCGAAAACCCUAAUCUCAAUAGCUCCGAUGAUCCGCAAGAAGAAGACCCCGCCGCGGCUGGAUCGCUGGACACAGCUCAGUCCCCUCCGGCUGCUGCAGCUACUGCUACUGCUGCUCGCUCUUCUUCCAGAACACCAUUUACUAAUCUCAGCCAGGUCGAUGCCGACCUCGCCCUAGCUCGAACCCUCCAAGAACAGGAAAGGGCAUAUAUGAUGCUACGAAUGAACACAGAAGGAAGUGAUUAUGGAAGUUGGGAAGCUGGAAGCUACUUACACGAUGAUGAUGAUGACUACAAUGAUUUUCAUGACGACACUGAUGUUGAUGAUGAUGAAGAGGAACAUGAAGGAACUGAUGCUGAGGAUGAAGAAGAUGCAUUUGAUGUGCAUGCCCACGGCCAUGAUCAUGAUCAUGAUAUUGAUGAUGUUGGAGAGGACAAUCAACCCAGUGUUGAAUUUGACCCAGCUGUUUUUCCGAGUGACGAGGCUUAUGCAAGAGCCCUACAAGAUGCUGAAGAUAGGGAAAUGGCUGCUAGAUUGUUAGCGCUUGCUGGGAUAAAUGACCGUGAAGAUGAGGAUUCAGAGCCAGAAGAGCAUGGAGGUAACUCUCAGGAUGCAUGGGAGGAGGUUGAUCCGGAUGAACUUUCAUAUGAGGAGUUGCUUGCAUUGGGUGAAGUAGUUGGAACUGAGAGCAGAGGACUUUCAGCUGAUACAAUUGCCACCUUGCCCACAGUAAAAUACAAGACAGGAGGAAGUCAGAAUGGAAGCAAUGAUUCGUGUGUCAUUUGCCGGUUUGACUACGAGGAUGAAGAGACCUUGACAUUACUCUCUUGCAGACAUUCCUACCACCCCGAGUGUAUAAACAACUGGUUGAAUAUCAACAAGGUCUGUCCUGUUUGCAGUGUUGAGGUUUCUACUUCUGGAAACAGCUAGUAGAGGUAAUCGAGCAUUUUAUUCUACAAGUGAUAGGCCAUUUUUUUAUACCUACCCUAUUUUGGUAUUGAAAGUUGGUGUCGUAUCCUUGUUGUUCUAUUAUGCUUGUAAUUUAUAUUUUUUGCCAAUAUGGAAAGGACGAAUCCAGGAUGUAAAAUUCAACUGGUGAAAAUUAGAUAAAUGUUGAUUUUGGAUGUCCUUUUUUUAGUAAAAUGAAAAGCAUUGUGGACUAUUUUCUA